GCCCAUUGGCCGCCAGGCCCCCUACGUGCCGCGCCACGUCACCAAAUCUGAAUAAGGAUGCGCGAAUUAGGCGGCGGCCAGACAAAGAUGAGGAUCCGGACCGCUUGAAAGUGGGGGAAAGUGCCGGCGCCUCCGCCACCGGGGAAAGCCGCUUGGCAGCGCCGAGGCCCGCAGCCACCCGAGACACCUGCGGGAGCCCGGAGCCAACGCCGGGGCGCGCGGCCCGUGGAAUGAGGUUGUGAACGCCGCCGCCCCGCAGCUCCGGCCAGCCCCGCGCCAGGCCGGCGAUCGCCCCAGGACUUGACCGGCUGAGUCUAGGUGCGGACCGGACUCGCCCGGCGGCGACCGACACAAGAGGCGGGGAGCGCGUCGGCGGCGGGGCCGGGAGGCCCGAGGGCCGGGGGCCCACAGGGAGGGCAGGGCGGCCGGAGCCGCCGGGGCGGGGGCCAUGAUGGUGCACUGUGCCGGGUGCGAGCGGCCCAUCCUCGACCGCUUCCUGCUGAACGUGCUGGACCGCGCGUGGCACAUCAAAUGUGUUCAGUGCUGCGAGUGCAAAACCAACCUGUCGGAGAAGUGCUUCUCGCGAGAGGGCAAGCUUUACUGCAAAAAUGACUUUUUCAGGCGCUUCGGCACCAAGUGUGCAGGCUGCGCGCAAGGCAUCUCGCCCAGCGACCUGGUGCGCAAGGCCCGCGGCAAAGUCUUCCAUCUCAACUGCUUCACCUGCAUGGUGUGCAACAAGCAGCUGUCCACGGGCGAGGAGCUGUACGUCAUCGACGAGAACAAGUUUGUGUGCAAGGACGACUAUCUGAGCUCCUCCAGCCUCAAGGAGGGCAGCCUCAACUCAGUGUCAUCCUGUACGGACCGCAGUUUGUCCCCGGACCUCCAGGACCCCCUGCAGGACGACCCCAAGGAGACGGACAACUCGACCUCGUCCGACAAGGAGGCCGCCAACAACGAGAACGAGGAGCAGAACUCGGGGACCAAGCGGCGAGGCCCGCGCACCACCAUCAAGGCCAAGCAGCUGGAGACGCUCAAGGCCGCCUUCGCCGCCACGCCCAAGCCCACGCGCCACAUCCGCGAGCAGCUGGCGCAGGAGACCGGCCUCAACAUGCGCGUUAUCCAGGUGUGGUUUCAGAACCGACGGUCCAAAGAGCGCCGGAUGAAACAGCUGAGCGCGCUGGGAGCGCGGAGACACGCCUUCUUCCGGAGUCCACGGCGCAUGCGUCCGCUGGGUGGCCGCUUGGACGAGUCGGAGGUGCUGGGCUCCACUCCGUACACCUACUACGGAGACUACCAAGGCGACUACUAUGCGCCCGGGGGCAACUACGACUUCUUCGCGCACGGGCCGCCGUCGCAGGCUCAGUCCCCGGCCGACUCGAGCUUCCUGGCCGCCUCGGGGCCCGGCUCGACGCCGCUGGGCGCGCUGGAGCCGCCGCUCGCCGGCCCGCACGCCGCCGACAACCCCAGGUUCACCGACAUGAUCUCGCACCCGGACACGCCGAGUCCCGAGCCGGGCCUGCCGGGCGCGCUGCACCCCAUGCCGGGCGAGGUGUUCAGCGGCGGGCCCAGCCCACCGUUCUCCAUGAGCGGCACCAGCGGCUACAGCGGAGCCCUGUCGCACCCCAACCCCGAGCUCAGCGAGGCCGCCGUGUGGUAAAGGCCACCGGGCCCUGGCGGCGCCGCCCGGACGCGGCCGCGCGAAACCAAAACGCCCGACGUGGACGCGGCGGGAGACGCGGGAGUCUCCGCCAGGGGUUCUCCCUCGGGUCUGCACUCAAAAGGCAGCCGCCCCCGGGCGGGGCGCCGAGGGGAGCCGACCCCCUCCUCACCCCGCGGGCUGCCCGGGGGAGCCCCCAGCCCCUCGGCCGCGCCCUCCCGGCGGCCACGAGCAGUUUCUUGGGACCAAAGCGAAUACUGCGGAGUCACGGGAGCUCAUGCGUGCGUUGGACUUCCAGGGCCCCAGCCACCGCCGCCUCCUCGGACCCGGCCGGGGCUCGGGGCCAGGGGCUUCGUGGCUGAUCACGCCUGUUCCCCGAGGGGCAGUUCCCGCCCUUAUUUCUCGCUCUGCCUUCCCUACCCUUAAAAGAGGAUGACGAGGAAAAGAGAGAUCGAGAUGGAGAGAGGGGAGGGGAACAGGGUGUGGGAGAGCGAGACCUAGGGCGAGCGUCCGCCAGAGAGGGGGUGGAGAGCGAGCGAGCGAGUGAGCCAGAGAUUUGCGCUUGAUGAGCGAGAACCUGGGAGCGAGGCAAAUUCACCUGCAGGUUGGCGCCCCCUGGUGGCCAGUCCUGAGGCUCAAGGUCAGCUCUCGUAGGAGGGGGCAGUCAGGACCCCCCAGCCAGCCGCGAGCCAGCUCCGCUCGCCCUCGUCCUCAACGGUGACGUUUGUCUGGGGCCAGAGGGGUCCAGGCCCGAUGCGAGCGCCGCCCACCCUGCUGUCCCUCCCUGGGAGAGGCGCCCAGAGGCCGGGCGGGGGGCCUGGGGGCUGGGCCGUCAGGAUGUCCAAUAUUAUACUUUUUUGGAAGUCGGACGCUUCUAGUUUCCUUAUUUUGUAUAAAGAAGAAUCAAAUAAAGUAUGUUUUUGUGUUUACUGUUUAUUUAUUGUACUCUAGUUAUCCGGGUUGAACAUUUUUAUAUUUUUAAGAGGAGGGAGGGCAGAAGGAGGGAGGGGAGGCAGAAAGAGGUUUACCUAAGAAAAAUGAAAAUACAAAAAAACAACUUUUUUUAAAAAAGAAAGAUUAAUAAAAAAAAAUGUUUUUUCCCUC